UCAGACCACUCCCUUCUCCCACUGCCGCCUCUUGCACGCUUUAUCAAUAAGCUGGCCCUUGCCUGUUAACGUCCUAUCGUUUGUCGGCGAUCAUCGCGCAUAUUCAUGAGGCCCUCGUCCCCACGAUCCAUCCCGCUUGUCCUCGCUCUUCUUCUGUGUUCCUCACUAUGGAGUGAAGCUUCGUGGUUUGCACGGGCAGGCCAGGUUAACAUCACUGUAGACGACUCAGACCCAUCGAUCCUGUACCAGCCAGCAGCUCAGUGGGUCUCCAGUGCUAAUUCAUCGAACUGCAAAUUCUGUCUGGCCCCAUCAGACCCAAGUAUCGCCUUCGAGAGCACCUGGCAUCAUGGACUCCAUGUAAUUCCAACGACAGAUGCAGACGACAGCAAAAAUAGGGAUGAGGAUAGUGGUGGUAAACAUGGAAGGGUCCGGCGAUGGCACAGACGAUACCGUGAAGACGACGACAGUGACGAAGGACAGGUCAAUGGAGCCAGCUCGAAUGGCGAUGACGAUGGCGAUGACGAUGACGAUGACGCCGACAGUAGUAGCCCCUUCGCUGUAGUGAAGCUGGAUAGCGACGAUGCCGGAUUCGUCGACGAGCCCGUCUUCCUCCAGCUUAACUUCACUGGCUCGGCUAUUUAUCUCUACUGUCUUCUCCCGUUAGGCGUACCCGCUACCAACACGAGCACGCCAACCCUGACCAACCUGACUUUCACUCUCGACAACAAGCCUAUGGGCAGCUUCUUCCAUGAUGGCUCGGCGUCUGCUUCUGGAUUUGCGCCCAAAUUUGCUGUCCUUGCACAGAGCGGCCUCCCACAGAUGCCGCACACGCUUCAAGUCAACCUUGGACCUGAUUCCGUCAUGCUGUUCGACUCCUACGUAUUUACUCAGGCAGCCGCAAUGGACUCGAAUAACAAUUCUCCGAGCCCAUCUAACACGGAAGCUCAGCCCUCGCCAAGUGUGACGCAGACUGCAGUUGUCGACGCCAAAACAAAGCAGCACAACAUCGCGACCUUCGGAGGUGCCGUAGGCGGCUCCGUCGGGAUCUUAAGUAUCGUCGCGAGCUGCCUCGCCUUCAGUAUCUAUCGUAGGCGGCAACUUUCCGCGCAGCGCCAGCGUCAGGAGCGCUCAUCGCGCAACUUACACUCGGACGCGGAGUCCUUCCAGACGUACGCAUCCGAGGAUGGCCCACCGAUGCAAGGCCCCGCCCCAUUCGUCCCGAGGUUCUUCCCUGGUACGAUGCCGGUAGCGCCGCCGCCGUAUAUAGGCCCGCUCCCGAGUGGCUCGCCAUUGAUGUCGUCCGCGGAGGUCAGCGUGCCCGUAUCGUAUGCGGACCGCCCGCCGCCAACACCACGGCUAGGAGAGCGCAAUUUUUUGCCGCCUAUGGACGAGGAUGGAGUGAGCGACGGCGAGCUUGGAGGAGAUCGGGACUCGCCGCCAUCGUUUGUCGUCGCCAUCGCGUCGCCCGAGCCGCCGCUCAUGGCGAACAUCGUGCGGCGCGUACCGGUGCUGCGAUUGUCACUCGAGAACGUGCGAGAGGAGAGUGAAAUCGAGACUUUGGGAUCGAGGUCGAUAGAGCGGAGCUCGGAGGAUGCGCAGAGGACGGAUUCGUCGCGGACAGAGGCGCACACGCCUUCGGCUUCCUCGCGGCCGCCGAGCUUCCAGAGCUUGGGGUCGUCGCUUCACCCGCCUUUGAUUCUUGAGGAUACCCCGAGUCAGGCGGGCGAGCUUGAUCAUGCUGGUGCAUUGCGUAGAUAG